CUAUGCACAUGUCUAUGCACCAUAACCACGAAGAUUGUUGUUGGUUUACGACACGUGCUGGUUACGAAGAGGCUUUAAUUGAUUUUUGUUAAAUGAAAAAAAAUGGGAAAAAUCAAACAUAAUGAAGUUGCGGGUGAUAUUGACGCAGAUAUAAAUAAUUUGACAGUACAAACAGAGGAUACUGAAUUGUCCUACGAAGAAAAGUUGAAGUACGUUAAUGUCAUAGCAAAACCCAUGGCAUCCAAGAAACUUGCAAAGAAAAUAUUUAAAUUAAUAAAAAAAGCGUUAAAACACAAAACAUACAUAAGGAAUGGAUUAAAAGACGUCCAGUCUAGAAUACGGAGAGGUGAGAGAGGAUUAGUAAUUUUUGCCGGCGAUGUUUCUCCUGUGGAAAUAAUGAUACAUAUUCCGGGUGUUUGUGAGGAUAAAGAAAUUCCUUAUUGUUAUGUUCCAUCCAGGUAUGAUCUGGGAAAUGCACUGGGGACAAAACGUGGUUGUUUAAUGGUAUUAAUAAGAGAAAAAGAUGAUUAUAAGGAUGCUUUUGAUGAAUGUAAAAGUGAAAUUAAGAAUCUUGCUUUACAAUUAGAGUAGUAGUAGUAGUAGUAGAAGUAUUUUUCUGAAACUUCAUUAGAAAAGUUUUUAUUAAAACAAGUUUAAGCAACAUCUGUGCGUUAGGGUAUGAAUUACUUCAAUAAAACGUUUAAAUAUAGAGAAAACAUUUAAUGUUAAUUUUUGGGUUUCUAAUAUGUAUUAUAAAACACUACAAAACAUUUGCCAUCAAAAUAAGUAUCAAUGAAAAUAAUAUACUACAUUUUUCUUCAACAUAUAGAUAAAAAGAGAACAACAUAGUUGCAUUUAGACAUGCUUUCUUAAUAUUGGUAUUAAAAUUGUGUAUGGAAAAAGAAACUUUAAUAUUGCUUUUUUUGGUAUCUAUAUGAUUUGCAUUAACAGUUUCUAGGCAUUUAGAUGAUGUGGCAGCAAUUUUUUUUACUCACGAUAGUCACUCACGAAUCUAUAAUAUUAUGUAUAAAAGACACAAGAAACGAUUUUAUAAAUACAAUUCGAUAAUACUAACGAAAUAAGUUACAAUUAAUAUUUCACGAUAUUGAUAACAUGUACACUACUACAAGCAAAUUGUUGGAUUUUUAGGAGAUAAUCUUCACAAAUAUCUGGCAGAAAGGUAAUCGUAAUUUAUUAACUGUACAUGUUUGAUAAUAAUUAUUAUUCGAAGAAAAUUGACUAACUAGUAAACAUUGUACAGCUCUUGUUCGAUUUAUCGUUUCUUUGGUCUAUGAGAUUGCAGUGCAAAAAGAAGGAAUGUAAUUGGACAUUCAAAAGUU